AUGGACAAAAAAACGGAGGAACUACAAAUCAGCAGAGUGGGACUGCGAAUGCCACCGUUUUGGCCGGAGGAACCAGAAUUAUGGUUCGCACAGCUAGAGAGCCAAUUCAUCAUAAGCGGAAUAUCGCAGGACGCAACAAAAUACGCACAUGCCCUCUCCCAGAUCGACGCAAAGUUCGCGAGAGAAAUAAAAGAUGUCGUGACGGCGCCGCCGGCAGAGGAUAAAUACGGCUCACUGAAGCGAGCACUGACACAACGCCUGUCAGCUUCGCAGGAGCAACGGACCAGACAGCUGCUCGAGCACGAGGAACUAGGCGAUAGGAAACCCUCACAGUUUCUACGGCACCUACAAGGACUGGCAGGCAACACAGUACCGGAUAGCCUGCUACGAACACUGUGGCUGGGAAGACUACCAGCACAAAUGCAGGUGAUCCUCGCGACACGGCAAGGCGAUCGGCUGGACGAAGUGGCAGAGCAGGCCGAUAGGAUAUACGAAGUAAACUACCGAGCGGUAGUAGCAGCAGUGAAAACCGUAGAGCCGAACAGCAAAUCCCUCGAAGAAAAAGUCGACGAACUGGCCAAACAAGUAGCGGCACUCACCACACAACUGGCAAGAAGCCGGAAACGGGAGAGAGAACACAGCCGCACACGAAGCCGCAGCCACAGCCGAAACAAGGACCGCAACAAGGACCACUGCUACUACCACCAACGGUUCAAAGAAAAGGCGAAGAAAUGCGAGCAGCCCUGCUCCUACAAAGCAGUCGCGAAAGCGGAAAACACAUAG